AUGUACAAGAACAUUGCAGACUGUUUCAACCGUCCCAUAGCCUCCGCCCCAGACGCCUGCGUCAAUGUCGUGAAACGUGAACGCUGUGGCGGUCUGUGGUUUCGGCCUCUCCACGACUUCCAGUGCACCUCCGACACGACGACAUGCGUUAACUUGGCAUCAUAUAACUACCUGGGCUUCGGCGGGGUCGACGAGUUCUGUACCCCUGUGGCUAGGGCUGCCGCCCUGGAGAGUGGUUUCUCGGCGGGCGGAACUCGCACAGAGGGCGGAACCAUGCCUAUCCACUUGGAGCUUGAGAAGCAGAUCGCCGAGUACUUACAAAAGGAGGAUGCCAUGGUCCUCGGGAUGGGCUUCGCAACGAACUCCACUAUUCUCCCUGCCCUGUUCGAGGCCAGAGCGGGCGGGGCGGGGGUGCUCGUGCUGAGCGAUAAGCUGAACCAUCGGUCCAUUGUUGAGGGCGUACGGCUCUCUGGCGCCACGGUCCGUGCAUUCUCGCACAAUGACAUGGCCGAUCUGGAGGCCGAGUUGAAGAGGGCAGUGGAAGAGGGACAGCCCAGUGGCAAGCCUUGGCGCAAGGUUUUCGUCGUCGUAGAGGGGAUUUACUCGAUGGAGGGGGAUUUCUGCCGCCUGCGCGAGAUAGUGACGUUGAAGAACCGCUAUCCAGCUGCGUACUUGUACCUGGACGAGGCCCAUUCGAUCGGAGCGGUGGGCGCCACUGGUCGAGGCGUCACCGAGCUGCUGGGCGUGCCCACGGACGAGGUCGACGUGAUGAUGGGCACGUUCACCAAGUCCUUUGGGAGCGCCGGCGGCUACGUCGCCGCAUCGAAGGAGGUCAUCAGCGCGCUGCGGCGGAACGCGCCCGGCAGCGCCGCCGCCUCCGCCAUGGCGCCGCCGUGCGCCGCCCAGGCCCUGGCGGCGCUGCGGCUCAUCACGGGGGAGAUCGGAGGCAGCGUUGGCGCCCAGAAGCUGGCGCAGAUCCGGGACAACGCCAACUUCUUCAGGUCCCGGCUGGAGGAGGAGGGCUUCAAGGUGCUGGGCGACGUGGACUCGCCCAUCGUGCCAGUGAUGCUCCACCACCCGAACAAGAUGGCCAAGUUCUCCCGCGCGUGCCUCGAGCGGGGGAUCGCCGUCGUCAUCGUUGGCUACCCUGCCGUGCCCGUGCUGUACGAAAGGGUCCGCUUCUGCAUCUCCGCCUCGCACACGCGGCAGCAACUGGCCGAGGUCAUCGGCGCGGUCACCGAGAUUGGCAGGAGCAUCGGCGUCCUCUUCGAGAAGUCCCUCGGCCGCGCCGAGCUCACGGCCCGCGCAGCGCUCGACGCCGCCUACGCCGCCUGGCUCCGCGACGCCCCCCUGGAGCUCCGAGGCCGCGCGGCGCUGGCCCCGGCGGCCUCAGAGUGGGCCCCCGAGGCAGUGGCGCCUGCGGCGCCGGCCAUGAAGGGCAUCUCGGCGCUGGCGCUGGAGGCCGCGGUGACCGUGGAGCCCAGGGGCAGCAGGCUGGACGUGCGGCUAUUCGACCCCUUGGGCUGGUCGGCGCAGCCGCCGGAGUCGGCCCGUCAGGCCAUCAGCAGCACCAUGCAGGUCUACGGCUUCGGGUCGUGCGGCCCGCGGGGCUUCUACGGCUCCACCAUGCCGCACAUCGAGGUCGAGAGGGCGCUCGUCAGCUUCCUGCGCACGGAGGCCGCCAUCUCCUACUCCGCCGGCUGCGCCACCAUGUCCUCUGUGCUGCCCGCGCUCGUGCAGCCCGGGGACCGGGUCGUGGUGGACACGGAGGCCAGCCUCGGCAUCCGGACUGGGCUGCGCCUCUGCAGGGCGGAGGUCCACUGGGUUGAGCACGGCAGCCUGGCGGGCGUCAGGGCGGCGCUGGCCAAGCCGCUGCCAGUGGCGGGCAAAGGGUCCAAAGCAGCGGCUGUGCUGAGGCGCACCUUCAUCGUAGUGGAGGCUCUGUGCCCGCGGACGGGCGCCGUGGCGCCCCUGGCGGACCUGGUCAAGCUCAAGGAGGAGCACGGCGCGGUGCUCGUGCUCGACGAGUCGCUCUCCUUCGGCACCCUGGGCGCGCACGGGCGCGGCUUGUGCGAGCACGUCGGCGUGGACGUGGGCAGCGUCGACGCCAUCGUGGGCUCCCUCGAGCACGCCGUCGCAGGUGUGGGGGGCUUCUGCGCGGGCCGGCGAGGCCUGGUGGAGCACCAGCGCCUGGCCGGCGCUGGCUACUGCUUCUCGGCGGCGUGCCCGCCGUCAGCUUGCUCCGCGGCAACCGCGAUGAUGGCGGACCUCGCCAGCGACGACGGCGCGGCCCAGGUGGCGCAGCUCAGGGCCAAGUCGGCGGCGCUCCACGAGACCUUGCUCACCGCCGCGGCCGCCAACAGCGCGGCUGUGGAGCUCACCAGCAGCCCCGAGUCGUACGUCCAGCACCUCCGCUGGACCGGGGCGGCCGACCUCGCCGAGGAGCACUUGCUCGGCAUUGCUUCCCGCUGUGCGGCUGCUGGUGUGCGCGCACAGGUCUGCUCGCCUGGCCGACUGCACGCGGAGGGCGCCUUCGGCGCCCGCGUCGGGGCGCCGGCGACGGCGGCCGCGAGCCUUCGCUUCUGUGCGUCCACGCGGCUCAGCGACGCGGACAUCGCUACCAUCGGGGAGGUUGUGAGCACGGCGCUGAGGGCACAGUGA